AGGUAUAAAUAUAUAUUUAUGAUUAUAAUAUCACUUUUCGGAUUAGUUAGUAACGAAGAAGCAAAAACAAACGCAACAGGAACAACACCUAACUGUCCGUUCACAAAAAUCAUAGAAGACGUUUUCAAAAUCAAUAACAAAACUUCAAACAAAGACUUACUAUCGAAAGACAGAGAACGUGUGAAAAUAUUCUUGAGUACUUUAGCAAAUAUAUCUAAUGAAAAUGUCAGUAGGAAAGAAGAAGAUCUCAUUAAUGUUAUAAUUGCUUCAAUUAAUAGAAUAACAAACAACAUUAGUGAUACACCUGACAAACUAAAUGAAGCAAUCAUAUUACCUGCUCCUAAGAGAAAUGUUGGAGAUAGUGCAACUGAAGCUAAGAAAGCAAAUCAAAUUAUAAGUGGCAUGGAAGAUAAGAUUGACACAAUAUCUAAUGCUUCACCUAAGAAAUCUACAACAAAAAGCAUAGAAAACUUUGAAGACCAACACACCACUGAAACGCCAAAAUAUGUGUCGUUGUUAACGAGUGAACCAAAUAUCAAAAAUGCUACUUCUGCGACUAUUAUCGAAGUGUUAAAACAUUUAAUGCCCCUUUUCAACAGUACUUUGACGAAAGAAGUUCAUAACAUAACAAUUAUUGAAAGGGAUCAUAAAAAUAAUCAUUCGUUUUCCGCAACGAAAAAUGUGUCGACAAUCAUAGUGACGUAUUGUGACAAGGAUAAUUUGACUAAAGCGAAGGAAACUGUCGUUAGUGAAGAUAAUGACGACCCUGAUGAAGAAAUAGAUGACUAUUUGUACGAUGAUUCCGAUCAAGAAUUAGAUGAAGGUGAAAGUGAAAGCCAGAAUAUGACUAUAGGAGAAAAGAGAGAGAUAAUGGAAGCUGCUGAAUAUGGAAUGCAGAAGAUGCACGAACUGUACACCGUUUUGGAGCCAAAGUUAUAUUCAAUGGGUCUAUGGCUAGACGAUUCCAGUCCUGCCCGUUAUGUGGCAGCUUUCAACGCACCAUCGGAAGAAGCGGCAAAAUUCUCUCGAUACGGUUACGCAUCUCUUCAAGCAGCUACCAAGCUGAGACAACUCACUGGUGGUGGCAAUGGCGAUGGUUUGGAAGGUCGCGGGGAGGAGGCCCAGUUCCCGACGGCGAGUGCCAUGAAGCAGUCACCUCUCAUGCAGCACUGUCCUCUCAGAGGAGCCCCUAAAUGUCCCCCCGCUUCAAAGAGAUACCGGACCCACGAUGGCACAUGCAACAACGUAAACCGUCCGCGAUGGGGUUCUACCAUGACCCCAGUGCAGCGCUUCCUCCCACCAUCCUACUCCGACGGUCUGCAGGCUCCGAGGAUCUCAAUCUUCGGGUCCAAGCUCCCUUCAGCGAGAGAGAUCAGCUCCUCAGUUCAUGAAGACAAAAACGCUGAGACGAUAGGGGUGACGCAUCUGCUGAUGCAGUGGGGACAGUUUGUGGAUCAUGAUGUCACGUCGUCGUCGCAGUCCCGAGGGUUCAAUGGGUCAGUGCCGCGGUGCUGCAAGGAUGGUGGCAGGGAUUUCGUGCCGAAGGAGUUUUUGCAUCCCGAAUGCUUCCCAAUCCCGGUUCCAUCAUCAGACCCGUUCUACGGACCUCGCGGAGUGAAGUGCUUGGACUUCGUGCGCUCGUCUCCAGCUCCUCGCGAUGACUGCGCACUCGGCUGGCGAGAACAGCUGAACCAAGUGUCUGCCUAUAUCGAUGGGUCGCCGCUGUAUGGGAGUUCAGCAUCGAAGUCCGACAAGCUGAGGUUGUUCCGAAAUGGUAUGCUGCAAUACGGGCGAGUUCAACAGCGCCGCCCAGUCCUACCGCCCGAGAGACGUGACGAGCUGUGUCGCAAGGGCGCCGUCUCCACCGACUGCUUCAAAUCCGGAGACGGUAGAGUCAAUGAGCAUCCAGGACUUGUGGCUGCUCAUAUUGUAUGGCUUAGGCAGCAUAACAGGAUGGCACAAGAACUGACCCAUCUGAACCCUCACUGGAGCGAUGAGAAGAUCUAUCAGGAGACGCGCAAGAUUGUUGGGGCGAUGGUCCAGCACAUCACGUACAGAGAAUUCCUUCCUAUAGUGCUAGGUUCCGAAGUAAUCCGUCGCUUUGAACUGGACCUGCAAAAGAAGGGCUUCUAUAAAGGUUAUAAUCCGAAGAUCAACCCCAGCCCAGCGAGCUCCUUCGGCUCUGCAGCGUUCAGGUUCGGACACAGCCUCGUGCAGUCUUCCAUGGUGCGGUUCGACAAAUUCCAUCGUCCUAUGAGCAAUAAUGUUUCCCUACACGACGAGCUGACAAACCCCUCCAACAUCUGGUCUAUCGGUGCAGUGGACCGCCUUCUCCUCGGCAUGCUGAACCAGCCUAUCCAAAAACGAGACGAGUUCAUAACUGGAGAGCUCACGAACCACCUGUUCCAAACUCCUCACUUCGACUUCGGGAUGGACUUGGCUGCUAUCAAUAUUCAGAGAGGGAGGGAUCAUGGAGUACCACCCUAUACAUUCUGGAGGGAACCAUGUGGUCUGUCUACUAUCGAAGAGUUUGAAGAUCUGUUCAGAGUGAUGCCAGCAAGAGCUGCGAGGAAAAUGAAGACGUUGUAUAGGCACGUGGAUGAUAUCGACCUAUUCACUGCGGGUAUGGCGGAGCGGCCUGUGGUGGGAGGACUAGUGGGCCCUACUUUUGCCUGCAUCAUAGCACAGCAGUUCGCGAGUCUCAGAAAAGGAGAUCGCUUUUGGUAUGAAAACGGAGGCUUCGACUCAUCAUUUACACCAGCACAGCUACAACAGAUUCGUAGGAUCUCCUUUGCCCAAGUCCUCUGCCGAACCUUAGACAGUAUUGACACAGUCCAGCCAUUCGUCUUCCUUUCCCCUGACAACCCUGAUAAUGACAGAAUAUCCUGCCAAAAUGGAUUACUAAACAAUUUUGAUCUUUCGCCCUGGAUUGAAAUAGACUCAGAAUCUGACAAUGACAUUAGUAAAUCUGAGGCGACUACACAAAGACCAAAGAAAACAACUACAACAUCAAGACCAUUAACAACUAAAAAGACACUUCUAAAGGGUGCAAUGAAACCUCAUAAAAAUAAACUGACUGACACGACCAACACCAGUACUAUUAAAAAUAUGACCAUCGAAAGUUUGACUAAAGAAAAUCCACCAGACCUACUUAACGUUACUAAAACAACAGACAGUGACAAUGACGAACUGACCUUUACUUUGACUAAAGACAUUGACGAGACUUCGACGACUAACAAACCUAACAUAACGACUAGACCCGCUGUGACCAGACGUGACGUACAAAUUGAUGACAAACUUGACUUUAAAAAUAAAAGCCGACGCUUCGACGACGUCAAAAUUGACUCGAGGCGUCGCCCGUCAAACAAAUAUGACGAAUAUGACUAUGAGGAUGACGAAGACACGCAACAAGUGCAAUCCGUUGUUAUAAACAAUGUAGCACACAAGCGACCUUACCAUAACAGACCCGUUAUAACUGUUACAGAAAACAUUGACAAAUACACUUACUUGAUUAACUACGUGCCGAGACCCACAGAGUCGUGGCGCCACACGACUAGACGACACACGACAGGACGACCUCCAGCUGACAGAGACGUAGUAAAGGUCACUUACCAAACAUAUGACGAUACUUACAGACGACCUAACAAACCUUACUAUUACAACAGACCAGACAACCAAAACUAUAGAAAUAACAGACCAACUUAUACCACCAAACAUACCUACCCAUCUUCUGCUAGAUCUAAUGAGGAACCUAUUACUCAAAAAAAUAAAUUAACUGACCAAACUGACACUAAAAGCGAUAGCACAACUGACUUGUACAAACUAGUGACUUUCGGGUACGUAGGAACCUACAAAGGUGAAGCAAGUACUACAGAGAAAAAGAUUGACAAGACUGACAAGGACAGGACCGAUAAAAUUGACAACGACUUGACUGACAAUAAGGAAGUUCUUGAAAGACAUAAAGCAGAUACUAUCAGCAAAGACUUCUCAACAUUUGACGCAACCACUGAUAAGAACAUGAAACUAUCGACAUUCUACUUAUACGACACGGCCACCAAGCCAUACUUACAAAGACCGACGAGGAGAAACGAUGAAAUACCAAUAAAUAGUAACAAGUACUACUACAUAAGAAAUGUCCUUCACAAGUACUCUGACACUGACAAAGGUAUCCCACAUAAACUGACUAAUAAAGAAGAAAAGAGAGAGGUUACAAAAGACACUUCCGGCUCAAUAGCCAACCAAGAUGUUAACGUAGAAGAAAGAUCGUCGAUUGAUAAGAUACCGUCGCUAGAUGAUAUAGAAGUUAAGCCGAAGAAUCAGACUCGGCAUCGCAACAAGGUGAAGCCCACAAGUUCCGCUAAAACACCAUCUGUUGCAUUCCAAGUAAUACCCAGUGAGAUCAGUGCAUCGCAAUGGGCAGUGUACGAGGAAAACUUGGACUUACCUGAACAGCAUUCGAUGCCGAAUUUAAAGGGAGACCCUUACGCCCUGAAGGAGAUUCCUAGACCGAUAACAAUUAACAAUCAUAAGAGGCGGAGACCUGGACCAAGGAAACAUUGAUAGAAAGAUAAUCCAAAUGAAAUAUACUACAAAUUGGUAGUUAGGAAUUUUAAAUAUAAAUUGUGAAUUGUAUCUCUUAAACUAAAUUCUUCCUCUUGUAACGUUUGUAAGGAAGUUAUUCUAAAAGCCAAUAACAAAAAACUCUUAUCUCAAGCUUAGAUUCUUAGAUAAAACGGCGUUUAGAUUAACUUUCUUCAGAUAUUUGUAUAAAUUGUGAAGAAAUGCUUAAUGAUUUAAUUUGUAUACGAAAAUAUUAUAACUGAUCAAGUAUUUGAAAAUGUGACAUGACUGACACAAAUUGACUGACUGAUAGUAACGACCCGACAUUUUGGAACAAUUUAAGGACUGAAAUAUUUUUUAUACAUGAAAGUGAAAAACUAUUACAAAAAAAUAUGUGUAAAUUAAGACUUGACUGACAGUACCUCACAGACUGUCUUAAAAUAUGAUAUAGGUAGAAGGAAAAUCUCCAAAAGAUUAUUGACUUGACUGACUAAAAAACUAGCUAAUUAAUCGAAUAGCCUUAGAAACUAGGAAGUAGAAAGAAUGACUAGCUAAAGCUGAAAUAAAUAUGACUCGACUAAGACGACUACGACCUACUUUGACAAUAUAACUGAAAUACCAAACCCAAGAACUUGACUAACUGUAGACUAACUUCGACUUGACUGGACUGACUUAAAAAAUUACAUUACUAUUUCGACGAUCUACUAAGACUACAACGUUUUGUUCUACCUACUGACUUCACCCUAAUAGACUUUAAGUGUUACUUUACGUAAGGUAUUAGCGGCUGCGACUUAGCAUAACACAUGUUUUACACACGACUGACCGUAAAACAUGAUUACUCUGAUUUAGUGAUUGACUUCUUCAUUUCGCAGGCAAUAAACGCUUAACAUAAAUAAAUAUUCCAUUUAAAAUAGCGUUGUCUAAUGUGUAAAUGCCGUGACAGAUAAAACGAUGGCAGAUUUUUUAUAACUAACUAGGUUUAAACCAUGACUCACUUUAAAUCAAUGACUGACAAAUUAGACCGACAUAAAAUAUACUUUAUUGUUAUAUCAUGAUAUAAACUAAGAUAAGUACAUGAUUAAUUACUAUAUGCGACAAUAUUUAUUACAGAUCUCGUCAUGACAAUUAGAUAAGUGCUGACUGACAAACAAGAUUGACCAAGACUGUUUUAUUUUUAGUUAAUACAAAGGUUUAAUAAUAAGAUACUUCUAGUAAUACAUUGAAAACUAAAGUAAUAGUUACAGAAAUUAUAGACUGAAUAAUGAAGUUUUUGGACAUUAUGGGUAGUUGAGUAUACUGAUGGUGUGCCCAUUUUUUUAUAAUUUCUGUAAGUAUUAAAACCUUAUUUAAUUAUUGUAUUGUGAUCUAUGUUAGCAGUAGACACUCAAUGAAUAGGUGCUCAAUAACUUAUAACAUAAGAUAUUGUAACAAAAAUAUAUUAUUCAAAG